UAGGGCUUGAGGGAGAUUUCCGGUUACUUAAGAGUCCUCUCGAGGCUGCGCGUUCUGUUCAGGUGUCCGCGUGUGUCCCUCCAGCGCAGCGGCCCGUGCCGGCAGCUGGUGAACUACAUGUCGCCCCCUCAGGACCCGGAAGACGAACAGGGCGGCGGGGAUCCACCCGGGGACCUCCGCAGCGUCCUGGUCACCAGCGUGCUCAACCUCGAGCCGCUGGACGAGGAUCUCUUCAGAGGAACGCAUUACUGGGUACCCUCAACUCAGCGGCUGUUUGGCGGUCAGAUCGUGGGCCAGGCCCUGGUGGCUGCAGCCAAGUCUGUGAGUGAAGAUGUCCAUGUGCAUUCCGUGCACUGCUACUUUGUACGGACAGGGGACCCGAAGGUGCCGGUGCUGUACCAGGUGGAGCGGACGCGGACAGGGGCAAGCUUCUCUGUGCGCUUCGUGAAGGCCGUGCAACAUGGCAGGCCCAUCUUUAUCUGCCAGGCCUCCUUCCAGAAGGCCCAGCCCAGCCCCAUGCAGCACCAGUUCUCCAUGCCUGCCGUGCCCCCGCCGGAGGAGCUGCUUAGCCAUGAGGCCCUCAUCAACCAAUGUUUAAGGGACCCGAAAUUCCAGAAGUACCAAGUGGGGCUGAACCGAAUUGCUGCCCAGGAGGUGCCCAUUGAGAUCAAGCUGGUAAACCCAACUGCUCCAUGCAAACUGAAGAAAAUGGAGCCCAAACAGAUGUUCUGGGUGCGAGCCCGGGGCCAUAUUGGCGAGGGCGACAUGAAGAUGCACUGCUGUGUGGCGGCCUAUAUCUCGGACUUUGCCUUCCUGGGCACAGCAAUACUGCCCCACCGCUGGCAGUACAAGGUGGACUUCAUGGUCUCUCUGGACCACUCCAUGUGGUUCCAUGCCCCUUUCCGAGCUGACCACUGGAUGCUCUAUGAGUGUGAGAGCCCCUGGGCCGGCAGCUCCCGGGGCCUGGUUCACGGGCGGCUGUGGCGUCAGGACGGGGUCCUGGCUGUGUCCUGUGCCCAGGAGGGUGUGAUCCGAGUUAAGCCCUGGGACUCAACGAGCAAGCUGUAGCCAGAGGUGCCAGCUGGGCCUAGGGCUUCAAGGCUCUCCCUUCUCCCCCUACUCCUAAGGCAGGAUUACCAUCCAGGGCUGGGCCUUCUGUCUGGGGUCCAAUAAAGAGACUCAAACCACG